UUCCGGCCCCGCUCCCUGCUCCACGCAGCGAUGUUGUCCACGUUGAAGCAGCGGGUCGGGCAGGUCCUGUUACCGGGGGACGAGUUCUCCUGCGGCGGGGACGACACCAUCUCUCUGACGGAGCCCGUCCGGCCGGACAAGGUGCUGUGCGGCCCGGGGCUGCGGCGCCUCGGAGCCCGGCUGCUGGUCUGCAAGAGCGGGGUGCUCCGCCACAAGCAGCCCAACGUCUUCUGGAUGGACUGCCAGCAGUGGAGGUACGUCCCUGCGAGAGGAGAGACCGUCAUCGGCAUCGUCACCGUGAAGUCAGGAGAUGUCUUCAAGGUGGACGUGGGAGGAAGUGAGCAGGCGUCUCUGACGUACCUGUCGUUUGAGGGGGCCACGAAGAGGAACCGACCCAACGUCCAGGUGGGGGACCUGGUCUUCGCUCAGUUCAUCGUAGCCAAUAAGGACAUGGAGCCGGAGCUGACGUGCAUCAGCAGCUCGGGACGAGCCAAUGGGAUGGGCGUGUUUGGAGGGGGCGGGCUGUUGUUCAGAGUCUCUCUGGGACUCGUCAGAAGGCUGCUGUCCCCCCACAGCCAGCUGCGCUCCGACCUGGAGCAGCUGUUCCCGUGUGAGCUGGUGAUCGGGAUGAACGGGCGUCUGUGGGUCCGAUCCUCCAGCGUCCAUCAGACCCUCGUCAUCGCAAACCUGCUGCAGAGCUGCGAGACCAUGACGCCGCUGCAGAGACGGGAGCUGUUCACGAGGGUCCAGCAGGGGGCGCUGUAGACCACGUCACACGUCUGAUCCUCCUGUGGAGGUUGUGAUGUCAUGGUGUUUAAAGGAACAUGUAUUUUUUUAUUUUGUGAAAUGAAUAAAGUGUAUCAAUCUACAACUCAGUUUCAUUUCAGCACUUAACAGUUAAAGAUCUUUACUCUUCAAUGAAGUGGUCAGUGAUUGGCCGUAUGCUCAGAUUCAGCCAAUCAAAGCUCAGGCCGUUGAUAGGAGCUUGAAUGAAAAAACGAAUAAUCAGCUGCUCCUGGAUCACAUGACUGACAGAGGCUGUGAUGUCACUGCUCCAGCUCCCCCUCCAAUGGAUUGUAAUGAUCUGGAUUCAGCAGCUGAAACUGUUUAUCAACGGUUGAUUUUAAUUGUAAUAAAUCACCUUUGGAAUGUGA